AUGGAUUAUGCCCGGUACCCUUUUGAGUACUUUCUCAAUCCUAUGGCCGCUGGAGGAUUCGAAUCAAGUUUCGCACAAUCAAACAGCACUUGGCUACCGCACAGUUCUACACAAGUUCACGAUCAGGACCCAAGGCCUGCGUCCCCGAUCCAGUUUGCCAUAGAACCUUGGCAAGAAUAUUAUGAAACAAGCGUGGGAACCGAUAUUAACGAGGACGUGUUUGAUGCUCAAGCAAUAAUAAAGGCAUUCACAUCAAUGGUACUGAAUCUGGUUCAAAUGGUCCAAACUUCCAAUCUGCGAUUGGCUGUACGUGCAUUAAAACAGUUAUCAACAAUUUUAAUCCACAACGCAAACCUGCUAGGUCUUUUUGAGGAUCAUCCGAACGACCCAUGCAAACGGCAGCAGAAUCGUGACCUGUGGAUUACUUUCAAUAUCUGCUGGUUGACCACAUUCCAAAAACAGAAGGAGUCCAGCCAGGAGAAUCAAAUCCUUGAUGCGGAUGAGAUGGAAGACAUGGGAGAUUUCCUGAUUCAUCUAUGCGAUGGGCUUGAAGGUUAUGGUUUAGUUGAUUACGAAAUGGGGGUGUGGGAGGAGGAGAUUCUAGACAGUACGAUGAGAGCUAUUCCCCCUCCUAUGCCGAUUGACACUAACAAGAUUACAAGUCAUUGGCCAAUGCCUUGA